CCUUCUUCCUAUUAGUGUUGUCCUCUUAAAAGCCUUAGCCAAUCCAAGUUAGUAAACCCAUCUUUCCUCCAACAAACUAGUAUCAGAGCCCCAAGGUUCUUGUAAGAAAUGGCAAGUGGGAUGAUUCCUUUUCAAGUCCCCCAACUCAACAAGGAUAACUACGACAAUUGGAGUAUAAGGAUGAAAGCAUUGCUCGGGUCGCAAGAUGCAUGGGAGAUCGUAAAGAAAGGUUACACGGAGCCACAAGACGAGGUUGCUCUAUCCCAAGCACAAAGGGAUAGUUUGAAGGAUGCAAGGAAGAAGGACAAAAAGGCGCUCACCCUCAUCUAUCAAGCCUUAGAUGAAGGCAUGUUCGAGAAAGUAGCUUGUGCUACUACAAGUAAGGAAGUAUGGGAGAUCUUGCAAAACUCCCACAAAGGAGUUGAGAAGGUGAAAAAGGUUCGACUUUAAACACUUCGAGGUGAGUUUGAAGCUUUACAUAUGAAAGAAUCGGAAUCAAUUUC